UGGUACAAGGCUGUUGUGAAUAGCCUUGUACCAUGUGACCUCUGUGAUCAUUCACAGAUUUCACACGUAGUAAGCAAUGAUGUCACAAGUGACAUCUUGCUUACUACUCUGCAUAGGAUCACUGAUUGGCCAAUCAGUGAUCACAUGAUCGCGACCUCACACAGAGGUCCCGUCCGACGAUCGGUGUUCCACUGUGUCCGGAGGACACAGCAGGCACCGGAUUGCGGUGCUGCGCGCUCCGAGGGAGCGCGCACAACUAGAAAAUGCAGGUGCCGUUUAUGAACGGCAACCCGCCCCUAGAGUGACACCGUCCUGCCGUUUAAAAACGGUAGGCAGACGGCAAGUGGUGAAAGAAUAUAUUGGAGAAUUUAAAAAAAAAUUACAGUGG